ACAAAGGAAACAAAGAGAAUCUGCUCACACAAAAGGAAAAAAAUAAAAAUAAUAAGAAAUAAAAUAGGAAACACUGUGGGCGGUAGCCCAGAGAGGAAAAUCCAGCAAAUAAUCAAAACCCUAGCUCCUCUCUGGCAAUUUUGCUCAAAUUCUACAUAAAAUAACUGGAUUGGGCCUCGCCAAUUACGGUUCUAUCUGCAAUUCUCAAUAUGAACAAGUUGGGUAGAGGGCAGCGUGAGAAGGUGCAGCAGUUCGUGUCGAUUACAGGGGCAAGCGAAAAGGUUGCUAUUCAGGCACUGAUGUCCAGUGAUUGGCAGUUUGAAGGAGCAUUCGACAUAUUUUACAGCCACCCUCAUGUCAAGUCAGUUGCUGAUACGAGACAUUUAGAGGAGCUUUACAAUAGAUACAAAGAUCCCUAUGCUGAUAUGAUUUUGGCUGAUGGGAUCACUCUGUUAUGCAGCGAUCUUCAGGUUGAUCCGCAAGACAUUGUUAUGUUGGUGGUCUCAUGGCAUAUGAAGGCUGCUACAAUGUGUGAAUUCUCAAAGCAAGAGUUUAUUGGUGGUUUACAAUCACUAGGGAUAGAUUCACUGGAGAAGUUCAGAGAAAGAAUAUCUUUCAUGCGUUCCGAACUGAAAGAUGAAAAUAAGUUUUGGGAGAUCUAUAAUUACGCAUUUGGAUGGGCGAAAGAGAAGGGUCAGAAGUCUUUGGCAUUGGAUACUGCGAUUGGAAUGUGGCAGUUGCUAUUUGCGGAAAAGCAGUGGCCAUUAGUUGAUCACUGGUGCCAAUUCUUGCAGGCACGGCAUAACAAAGCGAUUUCUCGUGAUACCUGGUCCCAGCUACUGGAGUUUGCUCGGACAGUGGAUCCUGCAUUGUCGAACUAUGAUCCGGAUGGCGCUUGGCCCUAUUUGAUAGACGAAUUUGUCGAUUACUUGGCCGAAAACGGUGUAAUGCAGAAGGGCAAGAUGAGUGAUUGGAGCUACAAACAAUGACUGAUUUACCCUUGUUUGUCGUUAACUUGUUUGUUCUUCAUUUUCUCUUUAGAUUGACUUGUAAAAUUGAUAAAAGAAUAGAACAGAAAAAAACUAUUGGGAGUUCAUGGUAAAACAUUAUCCAAUUGUUGUGUAAAAAUUGUGGGGGGCUUGUUUUGAAAUCAUACAUUGAUAUUCUGACAUCUUUCUUCCUUUGUUCACAAUAUCUGUUUAUUUUAUUUCGUUUAUA